UGCCGCCGCGGCGCUGCUCCGCAAUCGAAGCGCAGUCCGCCAAACAGUCUUAUAUAAACAUACACCAUUCCUACGUCUUCUGGAGGGUUUCUGGUCGGGCUCAGGGAGGCGCAUUGGCUGCUUGUUUAGUGAUACCCAGGAGUGCGAUUGCGCGACAACUCCCUACCAUCAUUAAUUUUGGUCACUCUAGGGGAAAUAGCACCACGCCGUUGCUGCCAUGGAGAACCUCAACGUCGCCGAGCUGGUCGAGCGGCUGGGAAGCGAUGAAGAGUCGGUGCGAAAGAUGGCAGUCUUCAAGCUGCAAAGUGCCAUUGGCGACCCCUCGUUUGCCGAUGUCUUCAUACAAGAAGGGGGCCUGCCCAAGCUGCGGUUUCUGGCUCUGCAUUCGACCGGUAACACCCUAGCAUAUUGCCUCACGUCUUUGUCGCGGCUACUGGAACUCGACAAGGGAUGGGACCACGUCUCGGAUGACCUCACCAGGAGGAUUGUCGGCCUCGUAGUCGCGCAGCCGCUCGUCAAUGUGAAUCGCGGUGCCAUGUCGGUCCUCGCUGCCAUCGUCGGCAAUCCCUCGCGCCGCAACUCGCAGCCCGGCGUCACUGGCUUUCAGCGUCUGAAGCCCAUAAUCGAAUCGCAUAAGCAGUUCCUGCCUUCCCUGGUCGAGAAAAUGACCUCCGCCGACCACGCACUUUGCGCCAACUCGCUCCAGCUCAUCAAUGCUCUCAUGCGAGACACCAUUGCGAAUGAAGCGGAUACAGAGUGGCCACGGUUCAUAAAGCAGUUGCAGGAAUUAGGUGUCAUCAAGAGUGUGUACGGGUUGAUGCAGAGCUCGGCAGUGCAAGACCUCGCGCAUCCGUUACUGGACUUCCAGUCUCUGACCAAGAUUCUGUUGCGAAGGUGGAGGGAGGAGAAGGUGGAUCUGGAAAAGGCAGACCACCGCAGAGCUCUGAGAGGAUUGCAUGUUGCAAGCAAUCCGGACCAGACAGGGACAGACCCUAAAGGCAGCAAAAGACAGAAUCCUGCCAAAUGGAGACGCCUUGGAUUCGAAACUGAAUCGCCAGCAUUCGAAUUCACCCCCAGUGGAUUCCUAGGCCUGAUGGACCUCACCGACUUUGUCUACAAGAAUGAAGACGGUUUCCAGAAGUUGUUGCUUGAGCAAUCAGCAGUGCUGCUUGAGCAGCGUUGCCCAAUCGCUCGCGCAAGUCUUGCUGUCACAUCUAUUUUAUACGACCACUUUGAGGUCGACAAGUCAGACGAGUCGGAAUCUAACAGGUACACGGUGCUGGACUCACGAGCAAAUUUUGAAAGGGCUUUCAAGCCUCUCCUCUUGCAUUGGUCAAGACUGCACACAAGCGGCUUGAAUGCGUUCAUUCGACUGUGGAAGGCUGCCGGAGCACAAUUGGACGAUUUUGAGAAGAUCGAAGAAUUGGUACGGAUCCUGACUGAACAGGUCGUGGGACAAGCGCCUCGCACGAAAGAAAUCAAGGAUGUCGAAGAGGAGUUGGCCGAAUAUGACAUUCAGCGGCUAAGGGAGCUUCAGAUGGAGUUGCUUGAACUCACAUAUGAGGAUGCUUGGGGCCAUCACCUUCGUCAAGUUCGAGACGAGCUCAGUCACGAAGCUCUUCAAUUCGUUAAAGAGCAGCGCAUCCGGUGUCUGCUUCAGGGCGCCUGGUUUCCUCAGACGAUGAACUACAGCACAGAAGCAGGACCGGUCACGAGCAAAACCCUCAACCGGACAGUGCCCUCGUUGUGGCGAUUUGUUCGACUCUCGCAUAAUCGGCGAUAUCUGCACUUUUCGGACUUUGAUGAGAGGCUGCCAACAGAGCCAAGGCUGGAUGCCUUACAAGACAAAAUUGAUCUUUCCAUUGUGUCUUCGGUUGUCAGCAACGUGUCGGCGUCGGCGCCAUCGACAUCGUCGUCUGACAGCACGCUCAAAGACGCUGGGCAGGCGAAUACAUCAACUAAAAUCACCAUCCACGGGUACUUGCCUAGUACAAGCCAUUCACGCCAGAAAUCGGAUGAUUCGAAAGGCACGCAGAAAGAGUCGGUCCUUCUUCAGCUCCAUCCGCAAAGCCAUACAUUGGCGUCGGAGUGGCUAGACGGGUUGUUGAUGCUACUCAACCAACAGCCAAUUACAGCCGACACCAACAAACUCGUAAACCUCAUCGGCGGCUACGGACUGAAGAUUCGACUGCUCAACGUGCGCUUUGAGGAUGUGGGCAUGGAGGAGCCGAUCCUUCCCAGCCGCGAGGGAUUGGACGAUGAGUACUAUUACGACAUUGGCGGGAUGGAGGCCGGGGUGUGAAACUACCGCAACAACGUGUCUGCACGCAUAUGGCUUGCGAUGGCGUCGUUGAGAGCAGCAACGUGGGAUCUAGCGUCGCCAGCGUGGCCUGGAUCUGGUUCAGGUACGGAGCGCGACGAUUCUACGCUUGGAUCUGGCGCUAUUUUGGUAGAUAUGGGCUUGGCAAGGUACAACCAGGCUAGCAGGGAUUCGUCGUUCAGGCCGGUGCUAGUCGCUAGUGCUCUGCGCAGCACUCUACCGAUGGUGAAGCCACGAAGGCUGGAGAGAGCGUAUUCGAGUAGUAGGAUUCUAUUUAGAUACCCAUGGUUUUACGGC